AUUGAAGAUAAUUAUUCCUCAGACAGGCCAGGCCAUAAUGGCUCGAGUACGCUUGCGAUUGGGCAAUUGGAAUCGAUUAAAUCGAAAAUGGGAACAUCGCGUUAGUAUGAUGAAGACUAUGGUUACGCAGCUAUUGGAGAAGGAGCGGAUUCGUACAACCUUGGCCAAAGCGAAAACGCUGCAACGCUAUGCAGACAAGGUCAUCACGCUUGGCAAGAAGGGGACACGCGAUGCCUGGAUCCAGGCACGGGGCAUCAUUCGAACCGACCGGGAGCUUCAUAAGCUCUUCACGCAAAUAGCUCUCCGCUACAGGGAACGCCCCGGCGGCUUCACACGUCUUGUGCGGGCGGGGUGGCGUGAACGAGAUGCUGCACCCGUGGCCUUCAUCGAGCUUGUUGAUCGACCCGGGGAGUUGCGGCCGGCCAGGCCCCCUCUACCGCAUAUAGAGCCCCUAUCCGUGCGGGCAUGGAUGCAAGCGCAGCUAGGGCAAACCCCGCGGCAGCCAUCGCCACUGCUGCCGCCCGUUGUGCAGCAGUACCUCCGUGAUGAGAACCGGUUAAGGGGCCCCGAUGCGGUUGCCAGCUUAGGCGAUGGGCGAUGAGGUCGUGACACGACCGUGGCCACCUUGCACGGGCCUGCAGCUCUGCCAAUCAUGUGCAUUUGUACAUAGCAGCUUAGUGUGUUCCU